UGCAAUGGCCCCCACGAAGAAGUCCAAGUCCUCCAGCGAGUCGAUCAACUCCCGCCUGGCUCUCGUCAUGAAGAGCGGCAAGUCGUCGCUUGGCUACAAGUCGACCCUCAAGAGCCUGCGCUCUGGCAAGUCGAAGCUGGUCAUCAUCUCGGGCAACACUCCCCCUCUGCGCAAGUCGGAGAUCGAGUACUACGCCAUGCUCGCCAAGACCAACGUCCACCACUUCAACGGCAACAACAUCGACCUGGGCACUGCCUGCGGUAAGUACUUCCGCGUCGGCACCCUGUCGAUUACCGAUGCUGGUGACUCGGAUAUCCUCAAGACCGAGGCCUAAACGGACGUGAAAAACACAGGAUCAAGGCGCGUCCGGUUUCUUUAAUGGCACUUUUCAGCCCUGUCAUCGCCCUCUUUCGCUCUCCUCCCGGCGCUCUGUGCCGGGGUAGGGGGGAGGGGGAGGAAGCGGGCCGCCUUCGUUUUAAAUUUUUCAUAUCUUUACUGUAGUUUGUCUUUCUCUUUGUUUCUUGAUCCCAAGGACACUAAAUGAAAAGGAAGCGCAGGCUAUGGCUCAGC